AUGCCCAUGCAUCUCGGGGACUACUACCCCUUGGGUAAAGUCCAACAUGGGGGAUCCACGACCCCCUGAGGACAUAUAAUUAUAUCAUAGUCAUAUUGCUGUGGGGUGACAAUUUGGCUACAGUUUAAAGUAUAAUUGGAGCAUUUCUCCUCGACAACCCUUCUCCCACAACAUUGUCUGUGUCAUAGUUGUUUUCUUAAUUGUCUUAGAAUAUUUGCUUAACGAAUUAGUGCAUUAAUAUUUAAUAACAGUUUUUAAUAUCGGCAAUAUGAACAACAAAAUUACCGAUACCGAUAUUUCUAUUUUAGUACCGAUAACGGCGAUAAGCCGAUACCGAUACACCAAUGUGGAUAUCCGUGCAUCACUAGAUGCUUUGUAGCCUGAUACCAAUUUAUUUAUUUCUCUUGCUCAGGUGCACGAGAGAUCUCACAGCGGAGAAAAACCUUACAAAUGUAAUUAUGACAACUGUGGCAAGGCAUUCGCUACUGGAUAUGGUCUGAAAAGUCAUACAAGAACACAUACCGGAGAAAAACCUUAUCCUUGCCCUGAUUCUGAGUGCAACAAAGGAUUUAAGACAUCUGGAGAUUUGCAGAAACAUAUCAGAACUCAUACCGGUAAGUAUCCAUACCAUACCAUACCAUACCAUACCAUACCAUACCAUACCAUACCAUACCAUACCAUACAGUAUCGUGGAGUUCAACUAUUGGAAUUUUCGCAAUAUGCCGGAUUCGUUGGAAGAAUUAGCCAACUCACUGCAGAGUCUCAACAAACCACUGGGACUGUAUUUCGUUUUUCUAAUUUUCGUUUAUUAACACAACCUUUUACAAUCAAUCCGACUAACAUUCCAUACGAUCUAUAAAGGCCCAUUUCCACUGAAGAAAUAUUUCCACGGACAGAAAACCUUGCAGUAAAGACAAUCUUGAACAUUCUAAACUCAUUCCUAAAAUUCCUAAACACUCUAACUACAAAAAUAUUUGUCCACUCAUAUCUAUAUACUCUAAAACUAGGAAGAAAAUAUUUUUGUUCACACGUCAUGUUUUAACCACGGAAAGUUCUUUUCCUCACUCGCGUCUAUAAGGUGCGUCAUAUUUUUCUUCCUAUAUUUUCCAGAGUAGCAGACUCGGGCUGGAGUCGCAGUUUUUGUCACUUCUGUCUUGGCUUGUUAAUCAGAUUAAUCACUUGUGACUUUACUUGGAUUGAAACAAAAUGACUUGUGACUUAACUUGGACUUGAUGACUUGAAAUGACUUGUUACCAACGCACGUAACUUCGCAAAUGUCGAAUGAAAAUGAACUUUUGUACAACUUGCACUGGAAAUGCUUCGCUGCACAGUGACUUUUGCAGCCAGAUUAGCAUAUCGCAGUAUAACUAGUUCACAGUAAAAAGAACUGUAUACAUAAUGAUUUGAGACUUGACUUGGUCAAUGACAAAAUGAGGAGUGACUUGAUUUCACUUGACUUGUUACUCGGAGUGAAUUACUUGUGACUUGACUUGGACCAAAUCACUUGUGACUUGACUUGGCUUGGACUUACAAUAUAUGACUUGUUAACAAGUGUAUGCUAUUUUCUUGUUUGCGGUUCUCCAAUUUGCGAAUCUGUCGAAGUUCUAUCACAUACACAUCUGAAAACUUACAAGAAUCUGCUGCGUCACAUCAGCCAGUCCCUCCCAAUUAGUCCAAACUUCGUUUCUCUGAAUCGCUAAUGCAAAGUAAAAUCACAAGAUACACAAAUUAUCGAAGGAUGUUAGUAAAUUUCUGUUUCAAAUUCGCCAUCUUGAAUUUGGAAUAAGAACUGUCUAAACGUAUCUAUGUUUUUAAUCAUUGACUUGAAAUCAUAGUUUUUAUUCACACGUACACAAGUUAAAAAAUAUAUUAACUUUUGUCAAGACUUUGUUUGCGUAUGGUGGCAAAGGAAUGGAUAUACAUACCAUUUUUCAUAGAGGCCACUUUUUAUGGCCAUCCCCUGCCUUAAUCAUACCCCCAACACUGGACCAUCAUGUUUGAGAUACUGAUAACUAUGAUUUAAUAUGUUUAGGAGAACGACCAUUCAAAUGCCUUUAUGAAACAUGUGACCGAUCUUUCACGACAUCCAACAUCCGUAAAGUACACAUGAGAACCCAUACUGGCGAGAGACCUUAUAUCUGUGAAUAUGAAGGAUGUUCCAAAUCUUUUGCAAGUGCUACCAACUAUAAGAAUCACACAAGGAUACAUACAGGUAUGUGACCCCCCUGGUUACAUGGAAAAAAUACCGGUGUCCCGGGAAGUGGAAAUCCUCUUUCACGAUAGUGAUACGUAUGAGAACGAACUUAGGUCCCGUUUACAUGAGACCGGAACGAAGUCAAACCGGGACCAUUUUCUUUCGGUCAUAGUAUUAUUUAUAAUAGAUGUUUACAUGAGACUGGAAUGAAAAUAACUCGGAGCGGACUCAAGUCAUUCCGCCUGCUGGACCGAGCCGACUGACUUCAGACCGGCAUGAUUUCAGACUGGGAUGAAUGUAAACACAAAUACAUUUCAGACUGGUCUCGGCUGUAACCUUGACAUUGGAACAACACAUGCUAACAAAAGCCAUCUGCAUGAAAGAGAAAAUUGUCUGGCAAAGGGAAUAAAUUGAUUUCGGUCUCAUGUAAACAUGUUCAUUCCAGUUUGACUUCGUCCUGGUCUCAUGUAAACGGGACCCUAUAUAUCGUAUACGAGUAUGAAUAUGAGGGGUAUUCUAGAUCUUUACUGAGUGCUCCCGAGACCCGACUAUAAGAAUCGCACGAGGACACAUAGUGUACUGCCCCGGAGUUCGGAUCUAAUUUUCACUAUCAAGUGAUUAGUUUGGGGAAUGCACUUACAUAUGCGAAUAUGAAGCACGACAGAAAUUCUUAUAAGUGUAUAUAUUCCUAUCAACUAUAUAAGGCGCACGCGAUACGUACAGUUAUGCAACAAAAUAGCUGGUUCCAGAGACUAUCCCCCUCCUCCUGACCAAAAAAAUAACAGUCGCAUCCUGGAAAAAGCGGAGAAUCGAUUUUUAACAAUAGUAAUUUACAUCUGGGGCUUUGGUGGCGCAAUGGUUAUUGGACAGGUAUAUUUGCCUUUCACUUUCCAUUCGGAGGGGGCCAUGCCUGUAGAAAGUAGGAAGUUAUGGAGCGACGCUACCUCCAAGCUCUAAAGGGCUAACUCCAAACCAAAUUAUACACUUGAGUAACUUGUGUAAUUCAAGAGUUGAAAUAUGAAUUCUGGAGUUACCGGCUAACUCCAAUAAUCAUUUGGAGCUACGUAUAAUUCCAAAAAUCAUGAAAAAACAAGGUAUCUAAGCCUUGAGUUACUGCCUAACUCCAAAAAUAUGUGUAUAGCUAGGCGAGUCAGCCUAUAUAGCAGCUAGGUACAGUACAUACAAGUAAGGUUGAAUUAGUUACUUGCUGUGUUGCCAACUCCAAAAAUCAUUUGGAGCUUGUUAUCUAAGCCAGGAGUUACUGACUAACUGGAAUAACUGCAAGAACUCUCAGAAUGCACUUCUUUAUUCCACUGUAUUAAAUAAGACUGAAAUACCCAGAAUAUGCGCAUAAACAUGACAUUGACACACUUGGCAUUUUGUUCUCGUUCAGAGGCUAAAUUUUGAUUUGCAGUUGACUGUUGAGGCAAACCCAUUCUCGUACACCGCGUCCUUGUCAUGCUCUGUUGAUCGUGUGUAAGGCGGGCUCUGGGUACGAGAAUGUGGCAUAGCUUAGCUCCAUUUAAAGAUUGGCUACCUCCACAAAAAUAAAAUCUACAGGUAUGGAGGGGGCUCUGUUACCGAAAUAAUUAUGCAGUUUUUGAUUAAUAUAAUAAUUCGAUGAAUUUGUCUACAGUCGAUUGUAUGAAUGAUACGAAUAGUUUACGCACACAAUCAUUGUAGUGCACAUAGCGCUAUUGUAAUAGCCUACGUGCAGCCUCAACCCGAAUUUAUUAAAUAUCAAUUUAUUACAUUUCCCUUUAACGGGUGUAGAUUAAAUUGUUUUCAAGUAUGGGCUCAAGUAUAUCAUUUGAGAGUAACAUUUCUUAUAUUAGUAUCCUAAAUUAUCAAAGGUCUUGAUAAUAUGUUUUGUUAAUCUAGGCGAAAGACCAUACGUAUGUCAAGUUGAUGGUUGCGAGAAGAGGUUUACGGAAUAUUCCAGCCUUUAUAAACAUCAUGUUGUACACACCCACAAUAAACCUUAUACAUGUAGUAUAUGUAAUAAGACUUACAGACAGGCUUCUACACUGGCUUUACAUAAGAGAACAUCACAUGGAGAUAUGUCUGGAAUAACUAUGGCACACGGUAGGUUGUUUUCUUUAUACCUCCUCAUAUCAGCCAUUUCAUUUCCGCGGUUAGGCGCCACAAACAACUUUUCAGACAGUGCUUUGGUUAAGCGCCUUGUUGUUGAGAAUAACUGCGCCGCUUACAGUAUUUGAGGGUGGCGCUGCAAACUUUUUAGAAUAUUUUUUCUCUCAUAUGCGGCGCUUAAUCGGUAGUCGUGCUCAAUCAGGGGCGGCGCAGACAAGCAUGCACAUUGAAAAACUAGUGCACAAUUUAUUGCACUUCCGGUCCCAAGCAUCCCAUGACCUAUGAUGGUUGCGUGCCAAAGAGGUCCUACGGACAAGGAUGUAUUUAGAAGGAGCCUACGAAGCAGGUAUACGCCAACAUUAGAGUUACCAAUUGAAAAUAAUAUUUAAAAUUGAUAUUUUAUUUCUCAGAGACAGAAACGUAUGUCUCAAGCUCCGAUGGUGAACCAGAAUUAAAACGACAAAGACUGGAGUUUGCAACGACUGACAAUGGUCAUACAUAUUCCAUGGUCAUGUCAUCUGAUGAUACGUCUGCUGUCACAGCCAUGCAAGCUAUAAAUCAUACCCUCGGAGAUAUAAGUCAUCAAAUAUCUGAUGUAACUACUGGUCAUAUCACUAUACCUGUGACCAUAACAACCGAUAGUCAAAUUCAGGUAUGGAAAACAGUCCAGUCUGUAAGGCCUACAUACCUAAAUCGCGCAAGUUGUUACAAUCUGCAAACAAGACACUAUCAGAUAGUGCACAGAAAAUAGCCAUGUCGCUGAGUAUUCGUUGCAUGCUAUCGUGGGCUCAAAAUUAUGAGUAAGAAGUCGAAAUGAUGAGUAAUAAUUCGACGUAAUAAUGAGUUAUAAGUCAUAAUGAUGAGUUGUAAGUCGUAAUGAUGAGUUGUAAGUCGUAAUGAUGAGUUUUAAGUUAUAAUGAUGAGUUGUACAGUAGGUCGUAUUGAUGAGUUAUAAUUCCUAAUGAUGAAUUCUAAUUCGUAACAAUAAGUUGUAAGUUGUAAUGAUGAGUUUUAAGUUAUAAUGAUGAGUCGUAAGUCGUAUUGAUGAGUUAUAAUUCGUAACAAUGAGUUGUAAGUCGUAAUAAUGAGUUAUAGGUCGUAAUAAUAAGUUAUACAGUAAGUCGUAGCAAUGAGUUUUAAGUCAUAUUGAGAACUAUAAUUCGUUAUGGUGAGUUAUAAGUUAAACUGCAGUACAAGCAUAUUUAGUAGUUGUAACUAUAAUUAAGUUGUUGUUGUGUUGUGAAAUUGAUAUAUCUGCUGGGGCGUUUUGAUUGGAUACUAAAUAUGUUUCUGUAUUGUGGGUGAAAAGCGACCAGAUUAAGAUUUGUGCGAAAGUCUAUUUGUAAAAUAGAGCAUGAUUAUAAAGCUGGCCAAGUAUUGACAUGGUCUGCCAAAGAUGAUUAGAUAAUUAUGUUACCUAGCUGCGGUGAACUCAUAAAUUUUAAUGUUUAGGGUCUUCCUGUUGUACUGUCUGAGACUCCACCGAGUACAAUCAUGCAGGAGCCUGGACACGAGAUAUCAUCAGGUUUGACGUCACAAGCUGAGGUAGCUGUAAGCAUUGUUCCUGCAACAUUAGUUACAUCCGGGUAUACCACGAUGUCGAGGUUUAUUCCCGCCGAUAACGUGACUUAUGUGUACGCUACCAUGGCAACGGAAGAUGAAACGGAGACUCAGCCGGAAAUAACGUCAUCAAAUGGUGUUGAAAGUACAUUCGAUGCUACACAAGCUGAGCAUGCGUAUGAAGAGAUAUCGCAGAACAUAGGAAGCGCAGACUCAACUAUACAAGUUGUGAAGAGUAGUGUGGAAGCUUGCAAAAGUCCCAGAGAUAUGAACGAACAAGGUUAGUUGAAAGAUUCACAAAUACAUCUGAGGCCGGUUGAACGAAGGCUGGACGCCUAUCCACUGGAUAUGGACCUCGCAGUUAAUAAAAAAUAACUUUAAUUUAUAAUACUAAAGUUCAGUUUGGGUUAUACCAAUCAACGCACAAUUCUAGAAAGCUUGAAAAAAUCAGUAUCCGGUGGAUAGCGCUUUCCGACUUUCGUACAACUGGCCCUAGGAUAGCAGACUAUAAGCGCACCUUAAUAAUUUGUGGUAUUCAAAUGAAAUUAAUUUACAACAUACUUACUUCUCAGUGUCACAAUCUCGUUCCCCGAGCCUGCGAUCCUUGGGAAGGAAACGAAGGCUCUGGGAUAAUCCAUCUCAGACAUACAGAAAACUGUAUGUCGACCAAACUGCGCAUGCGUUGGCAAAAGCAAAACAAAUUGUUUGAAAUAUUUUAUUGUUUCGUCUAUAAAAUGAUGAUUUUUUCGGGGUUUUGGUGGAAAUGUUGAUGUUCUUCAUUGUGGGAUACAAAAGGUGUGUUAGCGACUGAAUAAGGAAAAUAUUGCGUAUGAAACAGGGUCAGUAUAGAGCCGGCAGGAGCCGCGAAGUGUGCUGUUGUGUGUGUUGUCGAAGAAAAAUGUCACAAUUAAUUGUAAUCUUGCCCAUUCACCUCUGUGUCAGUUUGAAAAAGCUUUAAAUGUAGACAUUUGUGGUUCCUCCAGCAUAAUUUAGCCGUUUAACGCUAUUAUGUUUCUAAUGGUUGAAAGAGCGCGUGGAAAGGGCAAUUUUCAAGAACAAAAACAAUCGAUGUACUGUGUGUUAAUUCACUUAAUUGCUACUGUAGUAUAAAAAUACCUGAAGAGAGUCUCAAUUCUAAUAUUAAGUCGGUUAUAAACCUUGAUAAUAUUAGAGUUUUCAGAAGAUUUGUAUAUCAGAGGAAUAUUAAAAGGAAUUUAGACUUAUAAAACAUAUCAUUAAAAAUAUGAAUAUAGUGAAUUCCAUGUUUGUAUUGUGUUUAAGAGCGAGUCUCUACAAAAAUCAAACAUACCGCGGCAAGGCUCAAAAUUUUAAAUUCGCUCUACUUUUGAAUUUAAGUUAACUAUGACAAAGUAUGAAACGUCAUAUGGUUAGUUUUUAAAAAUACUCUUUUGUUUAUGAAAAAAAGGGGAAAAAAUAUUUCAGCUGUGAGGACCGAUUUUCGCAAUCGAAAAAUGGCCGAAAUUGCGUAUGUUUACUUAAUCCUGGUAUCCAAAUCGUGAAUCCAAAUAGCCUUAUUAUACUUUCUGCUAAAGAUACAUCACUCCCUCGUUUAUUAAAAGUGGUUUUAUGAUAAUUGAACAACUGAACACAUUUGUGCACAAUAAAGAGCGACGUGUACUGAUCUUUAUUGUUUGUCAUUGCGUGUAAAAAGUGUCAGAUUUCUCCAUUUGCCAUCCUUUCAAAUCUUAUGAGAUUUUGCACAAGCACUACUGGAAAACUGCUCUUUUCAGAAAUGUAUAAUUUAUUUUGGGCAAAUAAAUUCACGCGCUACGAGAAAGAGUUAACUUUGGUUCAUUAAAUAUGCAAAAAUCACUGUUUGGCAAUUGACCAUUUGCGUAACAGACUAAAUUUUGAUCUCAACAAGUCUAGACAAAAAUUUCAUCACAGCUUGAAAGAGCAUCACAAAAUUAGUAAUAUUCCAAAAUUUCGUUGCGAAAUGUUGUAAAAUGCGGAUAAUAUAGCCUUGCGAAAUUUGUAAUUUUCAGUCAUUUUAGAUUACAAACGGGAAAUUGACAGGCUGUCAAUUUCCCGUUUGUAAUCUAAAAUGACUGAAAAUUGCAAACUUCGCAGGGCUAUAUUAUUCGCAUUUUACAACAUUUCGCAACGAAAUUUUGGAAUAUUACUAAUUUUGUGAUGCUCUUUCAAGCUGUGAUGAAAUUUUUGUUUAGAUAAAAAUUUAGUCUAUUACGCGAAUGGUCCGAUUGCAUGACUAAAAACCCCUUGAAAUAAACUCGCUUAAAACAUCAUUGUUCUUCGCCUUUAGUUUAGAGAAUUUGAAGAAAACAUAAAUAUACAUACCUUGAAUGAAAACAUUUUCUUUGAGCUGUUCCACUUUUGGAGUUUAUAACAGGAAUUUAAUAUUGUCGACCGUUCGGUUGUUUACAUCUCCGCGCCUUAUACAUCGACUCAAAGUUCUUGGAAUCCAAUCUAUCAGAAAUCAGCUAACAAUUCACACAACUUCCAUUCGUGUUCCAUUUACAAUUAUUAAUAUUCUUAGAAACAAAAAGUCAAAAUUAAUGAUGCGGAAAUUCUAUUUUAUUUUUAUACUGACAUAUCGAAAAAGCUAAAUGUUUACAUUAUAGGUGGCGGGCUUCCUGUCGAUUUGGCGGAAGUAAUGCCACUGCGAUGUAUUACUGUAAUGUUGUCAUUUCUUUUUUAAUAUUUUUUUUCUAUUAAGUGGAUUAUUGCGAAUUGAGGUUUUCUUUAUUGCUGUAAUUUACUUUUAUUUACAAUUAUUAAUAUUCUUAGAAACAAACAGUCAAAGUUAAUAUUACAGAAAUUCUAUUUUAUUUUUAUACUGACAUAUUGAAAAAGCUAUUUGUCACCAAAUGUUUACAUUAUAGGUGUCGGGCUUCCUGUCGAUUUGGCGAAAGUAAUGCCACUGUGAUGCAUUACUUGUAUUUUUAAUAUUGUUUUUAUGUGGAUUAUUGUCGAAAAAAUGCGAUCCGCACGCCGCUAUGCUAUUGUUAUCAUGAUUAAUUAAUAUCCGUCACAUUGUUAGCUGAUUUCUGUUUGCUGGACUCCUUGAACUUUGAGUUUAAUAUGUGGUUAAGUUAGGGCUAACUGCAAAAGUGGAACAACUCAAAGGAACUUUUUGCAUUCAAGGUAUGUAUAUUUAUGCUUUCUUCAAAUUCUCUAAACUAAAGGUGAAGAACAAUGAUGUUUUAAGUGAGUUUCAGAUUGCAAGGGGUAUUUAGUCACGCAAUCGCGAAACAGUGAUUUUGCAUAUUUAAUGAACCAAAGUUAACUCUUUCUCAAAGCGUGUGAAUUUAUUUGCCCAAAAUAAAUAAUACAUUUCUGAAAAGGGCAGUUUCCCAAUAGUGCUUGUGCAAAAUCCCAUAAGAUUUGAAAGGAUGGCAAAUGGAGAAAUCUGCCACUUUUUACAUGCAAUGACAAACAUUAAAAAUCAGUACCCGUCGCUCUUUAUUGUGCACAGAUGUGUUCAGUUGUUAAAUUGUCAUAAAACCACUAUUAAUAAACGAGGGAGUGAUGUAGCUUUAACAGAAAGUAUAAUAAGGCUAUUUGGAUUUAGGGUUUGGAUACCAGGAUUAAGUAAACAUACGCAAUUUCGGCCAUUUUUCGAUUGCGAAAAUCGGUCCUCACAGCUGAAACAUUUUUUUGCCUUUUUUCAUAAACAAAAGAAUAUUUUUAAAAACUAACCACAUAACGUUUCUCACUUCACCAUAGUCAACUUAUAUUCAAAAGUAGAGCGAAUUUAAAAUUUUGAGCCUUGCCACAUAUUUCUCAUUUUGUUUGAUUUUUGUAGACAGUCGCUCUUAAUAUCAUCUCUAGAAAUUAACAGUUUAUAAACUGCCCAGUUUAUAUUAACUGCCCUUAUAGCUUUCCUUAUAUGUUUUAAUAUUUGCAAGCAGUUCAGUAGGUUAGGGAUGCAACAGCACUUUUCAAAUUAUUGAAUUAUAACCAAAUUUUGUGUCCGGAUAGGAAUUAGUAUUAAAGAUUUACAGUUUGUAAUGAUAGAGUUGGAGCAAGUUAAGCUGCAAUGUGCCUAAGUUUGCCCUACUUUGUUAUUUUAAGCUGUUUAAUGCCAGAUUUUUUUCUUGUCAAGGGGAAAGUAUUGGACUUGGUAUUUGAAUGGGUUAACCAGUCCAUCUGCUAGUCUGCACGCAGACUAUAUAAUGAUAUAUAUGUCAUAUAGCCUGUGUGCAGGCACAGGUGCAGGCUAUCCAUCUGCAUGUCUACCUAUCUUUGGUUAAUUAUCUCAUUAGAUCAUUAAGCCACAAUGCUCUUUAGUGCACCCUAUUUUGUUAUUACACUGUACUUCUGGACAAUAUUUCUCAUCAAUGGCUGGAAAUGUACUUGACUUCAUGUUGAUUACUCAUUACUGCCAUUAAAGGGACUCUACAAUCAUUUUUAGUCAAAAAGCCAUCUUAAGUAGGGGACUCCACAGAGAUUCGUUUGGCUGUAUCUUACAUGCAGUAUCCAUGAGUAUGAGUACUUCUGCACACCGGAAGAUGCAUGCAUGCCAUGAUGCACAAUGUCAAGUAGCGACAAUAACAAAAAAAUGUAAACAAUACUUGACUAAAAAAUUACUGUAGAGCCCCUUUAAUUAAUUAACUACAGUACUAAAUAGGACAUUCAAGGUUUUUAAUUAAUUAACUACAGUACUAAAUAGGACAUUCAAGGUUGGAGAUAUAAUAGCAAUAGAGGUUGCUAUCAUUGUAGCAUUCAGGGGCGUCGCUAGCCCAAAUUGUCAGGCAUUUUGCAAUUUAUUGUAUCAGCAAUCGGGAAAUUGUUUUCGUGACCAGCAUGAUUUGAAUUGGAUAGGAAAGGAAAAACUGAAAUAUACGAGUUUUUGUUGCCCCUCCCCUUCUCAGAGUAGGUAUGUGUUGUUUUAUAGUGUAAAUAACAAGUUUUGAUAUUGCAAUCAAACUGACAGGGUAGUUGUCAUGACCAUGGUAAUAAAAAUAUACCUAUGGCUCGGCAUUUAUAUUGGGCAAUUUUUUAUCAUUCAUCACAAAAUUAUACCUGCACCCUAGGUGGUUCCCUACAGGGGGUCAUAACCAGGGGGAAGCUGAUGAAAAUGAAUUCUGGUAUUGGUGGCUGCAUGCAUGAUCACUAUCAUUUAAUAUGAAUAGAACAUUUCUUAAAAAAAAGUAUAUGAAUUUAUUAAAAAUAUUUAUAUGGUCUCCCAAUCUGGAUUUCAUACUUUGUAACAUCUGGAUCAAAAGGUUUAUGACGUUUUCUUGAACAGAAUCCAAUUAAUACAACCUCGUACAGAGGGCAGGGCUUCUUUGAAUUACUGUGUGGACAAGAUUAACAAAGGGAUUGCCAAUUUGGCAUAUUGUGCUACUCAAUAAAUUAAAAUCAUUAAAUACUUUAUGCUACAAUUAGCUGUCAGUAAUAUUAUACUGUAUAUUAUUGUUUUUCAUAUGACAUCAUAAAUUUGAUGGGUGGUCAACUCUAAAUCGAGACACAGUUAUCAGAGGGAAUUAAUUUUUCACUGUAUGUGUUGGCCUUGUGUUUCGUUGCAAAUACAUGCAAUUUCAUGUCAUUUGCUCACUCCAGUACAACAUAAGCAUCAACACAUUUUUUAGGUUGACCCCCUGUCAGAACCAAUGAACGUGCAAAAUGCCAUAGUGAAAUCCAAUAAUUCAUUAUAUGUAUUAUGCACCUAUCAAUGUUAAGCCCCAGAGGAGGGGUAUCAGGCAUAGGUGGGGCAUUUGAUUUUUAGAGCAAAUUUUCAAUCAAAUGCCCCACCGUCGGGCAAUAAAUAUUAUUCAAAUGCCCCACCAUUUUGCAAUAGAUUGCAAUAAAUAGUAUGUUAAUAAAAGUCAUUCGGUUCAAAUUGCCCCAAUGCUAUUCAAAAUCCCCAGGGUGGGGAGCAAUUGAUGAUCAAAUACCCCACAUAUACCCGACCCCAACCCCCUCUGGGGGUUAAGAUUGAAAGGUGCAUUAGGUGUAUGCAGACUGGAAUACAAGUUUAAAAUAUCACUGCCUGUGAAAUUGUGGUUUAUUUAGAGAAUAAAGGUUUUUUGAACUCUUCUAUAAAUAAAUUAUAACAGCAAAAAAUUCAUAUGCACCCAUAUAGGGAAGGGUUACAUGCUACAAGUUAAAAUGAGUGUUACAUACUCCUGCACUUGAAAAGUUUACUGUACAGUAUAUACAUUAAAUAAUAAAAUAUAUAACAGUAAAUCCCAAGAUUGGAUGUAUUGAAACUAGUUAUUAGCUAGUUCUUCGCAAUUAGAUAACACAAAGACAAAUUAAUAAAGUUAUUAACCAUUUCUGACACAAAUAGUAUUUGCAAAAUAUAGCACAUAUUUGAUAUUAUAGUCAAAUACUCAAAUAGAACAGUGUACUGACAGUACUGUAUACUAUGUAUAGAUUAAAACUAUACAGAAAACCUGUACAACACAAAAUAUGAGUAAAGUUUUCACGUUCCAUUUAACUGUUGUGAUAUUAUACGCAUUAAGUAUACGUUUCUUUGCAUUUCCUUUGUAGUAUUAGUAUAUAGCACAGCUCUGAAAAACCAAAACAAUAUUCGUACACUCCUAAACGGCCGCCAUGUUGUAUAUAAAAAUAUACGGUUAAAAAUUAAUUUUUGCAAAAUUGCAACAUUGCAUUGUAUACCAGCAACCAAUCAUAUUCAUUUCUGAGAUGGAUUAUCCCAGAGCCUUCGUUUCCUUCCCAAGGAUCGCAGGCUCGGGGAACGAGAUUGUCAGUGUCACCAAUCGACAAUCGAAUCCAGGGGCGCUUUCCACUAACACGGCCAGACCGGUCAGAACAGUCAAAUUGUUGAAUGGAACACAAAACAUUUGGGCUUCCGACUUAUCUGACCGGAAAAUUUAGAUAACAUCAGAAUGAGGUCCAUUUUCGCUGGAUAUUUGAGAAACAUAGACCAGAUCUUGCCAUUGAUACUGAGAAAGAAUUCAGGUCUGACCGGUCAGGCCAUUAAAUGGAAAGCGCCCCAGGUUUCUUGUUUAGCAUCCGAUCCACAUGUACGAUUGAAGAUUUUAAAUGCAGUACCGAGACUUGUACCACAUGAGACAUGUUUUGUGGAUGAAGGGAACUGAGUGGCCUUGUCACCAUUAUCAUUAGCAGGGCAACAUGAUCUCUUCCAAAAAUUAAGGCUAUGUCUUAAUUGUCAAGACAUAGCCUUAAUUAUACAAAACCACAAGCAUUACUUUUAUACCCCGACACGCAAGGGUGGGUGAUCUAAGGUAAAAAGGCCGUCGGAUUAUAUUAGGGUCAGAUCAAGAUUAGAUUGGGGUUAGAGUCGGGGUUGGGGAUAUGGUUCAAAUUAAGGCAAUAUCUCGAUCUGAGUGUUUGAGAAGAGAUCAUGCUGAGCAGGGAUGUUGUAGCCACGGUAAGGGACCCACAACUGUCACGGGCCCUUAAUUCUCACCUUAACCCUACCUUAUGAGCGUUACGCCACUGUCCUUGGGUUGCAUUCACGAUCUGGAAAAGCAAUAGGCCGUUCCAAGGUUAAGGACGCCAACUUCAAUAUAUCGUUUUCAUCAUUGUGUUUGCACCGCUUGCUAAUUUACCUAUAGGGAAUUCCAUUGUGUUUGCACCAUUGUGUUUCAUUAUGGCGUCGUUAACCUUGGAAGGGUCUAUUGAUCUGACUUCAUUUGAUUUGCGACAAUGGUAAAACUCUCAAUGUUUUGGGAACCCUGGCUCUAGCUUUACUUCUAGGACGAUUUGUGAUUAUUUUGGUUAUUAUUUAGUUUUAUCAGAGGAGUUCAGCGAAGACCACAGGAUCCCUAGUACGGAAGACAAGACUGAACAAAUCAGUAGCAAUAUAGUAACUUCAACAAUAUCACAGAUACAUGUAGGCAACAUGCUAUCGUAG